GAGAGAAUUAUCGUAAGGAAUAUAUUAAAAGAAAAAAGAAAGAAAGAAAAGGAAGGUGAGGUGAGAAAAAGAAAAAGUUUCGGGGGAAAUCGAGGAAAAGGAAGAAGGAAUGAGUGCUGCUGCUGCAGCUGCUGCUGCUCUUCUAAUAACUCCAAAUAAUAAUCCUUUGGGGGUUUACACCAAUGGCAAUACCAUCAUCGCUUCCUCUUAUCUUUCUCCUCCACAUUAUUCCAAACCAAACCCUAAUUUCACUUCCUUAUCCGUUUCUCACUCGUUUAAUAACAACAACCCCAAACCCAAACUAUCACCCCUCUCCUCAAGACGGACCACGUGGCUUUAUGGACAUAUGAAUAGAGAUCAAGAUCCUGAUUACCAAUUGGAGAAUGGUUUAGGCUCAUAUGGUUCCGAUGAAGAACUAGGAGGCACACUAAUCCUCCCUACUCAGUCUCAAACUCUCAACAAUGGAUCAGAGGCCGUCAAGGUAUCAGAUUACGAGUACAAGCCUUCUCCUGAUGUUGAUUACCUACAGGAGUUAUUGGCUAUUCAACAACAAGGACCUAGAGCUAUUGGCUUUUUUGGAACACGAAACAUGGGAUUCAUGCACCAGGAGCUAAUUGAGAUUCUUAGCUAUGCUAUGGUUAUAACUAAAAAUCACAUAUACACAUCUGGAGCAUCUGGGACAAAUGCAGCUGUUAUUCGGGGUGCUUUAAGAGCAGAGAAACCAGAAUUGCUCACCGUUAUAUUACCCCAAAGUUUAAGCAAACAGCCUCCUGAGAGUCAGGAGCUGUUAUCCAAGGUGAAAAAUGUGAUAGAGAAGCCCCAUAAUGAUCAUCUACCUCUAAUAGAAGCCAGCAGGCUAUGUAAUAUGGAUAUCAUUUCACACGUCCAGCAAGUCAUUUGCUUUGCUUUCCAUGACAGUAGGUUGCUCAUGGAAACUUGUCAAGAAGCAAAAAAUUUCCGGAAGAUUGUGACUCUCUUCUACCUUGACUGAGGCAAUUUUUAUCCAUGUGUAUAACAUUAUUUCUCUGCCUAAGUAGGGGUUGGGAGGGCAGUGCUUAUUUUUUGUUUGUAAUUAUAAUAUUACAUUAAAUGUCAUAUUGCUUUCACUUGCCCUUGGAA